GCUCGAGGAAUUGCGAGUUUGAAUGAAUAAUACCGGUACACGUCUGACCUCUUCCUGCCAUUGGCGUCUGCAUGAUUUAUAGCGGGCGAGCGUGCGUCGGUUAUAAACUUAAACGGGCUCCUCACCCGGCUCUUUAUAAUCCCGUAUACUCUUAAUACAUAGUCGAGCUGGAGCUCAGCUCAAAACAUCUCCAGAAUCUUAAACUAUAGAGACCAUUAGAGCCCAUAACCCCCGAAUUUCCCAUCCGACUCGUAUACUGCUUUUAUCUCAGACCUACCUGCUACCCCUGCAUACCUGGUACCUACCUACUUGCCUACCUACCUAGGCACUUAUUUCCUUACCAGCCUUACCUACGAAGGUAGGCAAAAAAGCACCUACCUUCCCCACUCCCGCCGCAAUGUCGCACCCCCAAAGCCUCUUCACGCAGACGCAGUUCUACGGCCCCUCGCUCCUGCAGGCGCGGCGUUUAACGAUCGCGCGGACGACGGUGCGCGCGCAGCUGCAGAAGCUGCGCGACACGGGGCGCUACGAGUGCUUCUCGCUGCGCCGCCAGCCCGUCUACGACGACCGCUCGCGCUGGCCGUGUCCGGCGCCCGUGUACUGGGACAGCGACGUGGCGAAGUGGAUCGAGGGCGCCUGUUAUCUGUUAGCUGAGGAGUACGACCCCGAGGUCGAUGCUGCGGUUAGGGAGAUCGUGGGGAUGAUUAGGGGGGCGCAGGCCGAGGAUGGGUAUUUGAAUAGUUGGUUUUUGGUCACGGGCGAGGAGAGGUGGGGGAAUGUUAGGGAUUUGCAUGAGUUGUACUGUGCCGGGCACUUGGUGGAGGCGGCGCUGGCGCAUAGCAAGUACUACAAGAACGACCUCUUAAUAGAGCCGAUCGAGAAGUACGUCAAGUUGAUCAGCACGGUUUUUGGGCCGGGUCCGGAUCAGAAACAUGGCUACCCAGGCCACCCAGAGACAGAACUCGCCCUCCUGCGCCUGUAUGCUGCGACGGGAAACAAAGAGGCUUAUGACUUGGCGAAGUAUUUCAUUGAGGAACGUGGUAACCCGACCGGUCAAGAAGGUCUUCCGUAUUAUGAUUGGGAGCAAAUCAGGCGUGGCGAUAGUCCCUGGAAACGCCCCGACAGUUAUCAGAUGCACACCAGCCACUGGUAUAACCAGGCUCACGCACCAAUUCUAGAGCAGAAGUCCGUCGAAGGCCAUGCCGUGAGGGCGAUGUAUCUCUAUACUGGGGUUGCUGACUUAUUGUGUCUCGACGAGCUCGGCGUGAAGUCGUAUAGCCAAAAAAGUGAGUAUUUUGGCGCUCUAAGUAGAUUAUGGAACAAUAUGGUAGACAAGAAGAUGUACCUUACUGGAGGUAUCGGGUCAAUGUGGCAAUGGGAAGGCUUCGGCAUCGAUUACUUCUUGCCGCAAGGUUCUGACGAGGGUGGAUGUUACAACGAAACUUGUGCAUCCAUCGGUGUCAUAAUGCUAGCAGAGCGGCUAUUGCAUCUUGACCUCAACUCUAAGUAUGCCGACAUAAUGGAAUUAUGUCUAUACAAUGCGGUGAUGACAGGGUUGAGUCUUGAAGGAACCGCUUUCACGUACGUGAACCAGCUAGCGAGUUCGGAGGUAGAUAGAAAUCGCCGAGAGGAUUGGUUCGAUACAUCAUGCUGCCCACCGAACGUAAUGCGGCUGUUUGGCUCUCUCGGCGGAUACCUAUGGGAUUAUGGAGGCACCGGAAGGGAUGCCCACGUCAACGUACAUCUCUAUACGACGGCCAAGGUCACGUUUCAAAUAGAAGACCGACAAAUCAGUCUCGAGCAGAAGUCAAACUGGCCUUGGGAAGGCAAUAUACUAUUCCAACUCGAGGCGCCAGCGGCAACAAACGUCACGAUCAGGUUAAGAAUCCCUUCCUGGGCGCAGGGAAGAUUUACGCUCACCCCGAGCCACAGACAGGCGAAGAUCGAAAAGGGUUACCUGGAACUUCCGCCAGCUUAUACAUCUUCAAAUAGCGCAUUUUCGAUCCAGAUCGACGGGUUUAAGCCUCGAUUUGCAUCCCCGCACCCCUAUACCAAUCAGAAUACCCUGACCCUAGCGCGCGGUCCGUUAAUAUACUGCGUGGAGGAUGUGGAUAACGCUUGGGAGCAGGACCACUUCCGCAACGUCGGGAUUAAAUCCGACUCUCCCGUCUCCGAGAGCGAUGAGGAGCUUGACCAAAUAGGGGAACGAUACGUUGCCCUCCAGUCGGUUGGCUGGAUCCGUAAGAUAGAUGAUCGGACCGAGUCAGAGCCCGGAAUACUCCCCGGCUCAUCACUCCCCCAGACGGUUAUGGCGGAGAAGAAGGAACUCACCUUCAUUCCUUACUAUCUCCGUGCUAACCGUGGUGGCAGGGGUCACAUGAGAGUUGGCCUCCUGAGACUAUGAUGGAGACACGCGAUAGAGCCCCUGAGGCAACCCGUGUUGCAGUAACAUCGUCUUCCGUUCCUACCCAGCUCGAGCGUGUUGAGCGUGGGAUGUUGCUGGGGUUAGACGUUGGAAUAGGCACGCCGGCGGUAUCGUCAUAUGUCGACCCCUUGCAGUACCCUAUCGGGAAAGAUGCAUGUUCGGAUCUUUCUCCCUACCUAGUCUAGGUACCGCAUUGCUACGCUAGCUUUAGUUGAAACUUGGAUCCGGAUACAACUUUGCUUACCUCAACCUUCGAUAAUCACAAAUUUAUAGUAUGACUAGGUAGCUGACUAUCACCUACGACUCACGGUAUAAUCCGGUAUAAGCUAGUCCAAACGUUGGUCCUUAUUACUCUCCUUUCUGCACCAGUGCACGCAAGUGAUAGGCGAUCCAGCGGAUUGUGGAAUCCUGAAAUCCUGGAUAAUAUCGAGAUCCGCUUAUGGCCCCGUUGCCCUUAAUAAUCCACGUCGUUUUAACCACCAAUCUGCCCAACAAAGCUCAUU